GAGAAGUUCCUCUCGCCCUAGAUUGCCACCUCCUCCAAUGCCGCCCUUGCCCGUCACCCAACGAGCACCCGUGCCACCUUCGAUAAGCACAGUGAACCCUACAAUCCCUAUCCCUCAACCUCCUAAUCAAGCAACUAGUAAUACCAAACCGCAAAUCCGACCAUCUUACUCACCAUUACGCCAGAUUGCAGCUCGGCUUGAUGCUGGCUCUCAAGAUACCCAUAAGCGCCUACCAUCGAAAACGUUCAUUAGAGAGCCCCUUUCGAAUGAGCUACUAGACUUCCCAUCUCAUAAACAUCCUAGAAUCACCCUUGGAGUGGACCUCGCCGCUGGAAUCUUCGUCGGCGGUGGAUCUGUCGAAGGAACUGUUCAAAUCGUCGUUGACGAUGCCGAACGCAUACGGCACAGGAGAACCUUAGACAUCGCUAGGAUAUCCAUUGAUCUACUUGGAUUGGAAGAAAUGUGUGGAAACAGACGAUCGGUAUUUCUCAAUCUAGCAAACGAAUUGAUCGAUGACGCAAACCCUCCGCCACAGAGCAUGGUCGAUAGCCAGGAGCAGAUCGACAGAAAUGAUCCUUUUUGGCACCUCAAACCCUCUAUAACUAAUCUGCCAUUCAUAAUGAGUUUGCCUCUGAAUGUCGGACCCCCGCCAUUCCAGUCGAAGAACGCUCGCAUUCGAUAUUCACUCUGUGUAUCUUUACUCAUCAGAGACCAAGGCAAGCAGUGGAUCGUAAGGACAUCGGAGGAUAUUACUAUCCUGUCGGUUUAUGAUCCGGAGAAAGCGCUCGUGUCUCUUCCUAGUCCCUUAACAGCAUCGGAUGAAUGGGUCAAACCUCGCGAUUCUGGGAUCGAAUCUGUUAGGGUGACGACAGGGCUUCAUCGUCAAGUCUGGGUCAGCGGAACUGAUAUCUACGCCGACGUGAGAAUUAUCAACAAUAGCCGGAAAACUGUCAAAAGGAUUGAGUUGCAGCUUGAAAGGGACAUUCUCUGCUACAAACACGCUGCCGCUUACACACUGGAGAAAUCUGCUGGUCAAGCCCGAAUCUUUGACAGUAACGAACGAUCUAUCUUGAGUAGGUCGAUUACCAAGCAAGGAACUGCUGGUUGGCAUGGUGUUUCCGCACAUACGGCACAGACAAGAACAUGCGAUUUGGAAGUGCCUCGUGGCCAUGCUACGGUCAAAUGCGGAAAAUACUUUGAAGUCCGAUAUUUUCUGAACGUCAUUAUAAGCACCUUCCACACAAAGCUCGUUGCAGUACAGCUUCCAAUCGUCUUGAUCCACAUGAACUCUCUUGACGUGGUCCCGAACUCAGUUGCACAGGUAGCUGCUGCGAUAGAGGAAAAGCGAACAGCGAACAGUUACCCCCGUGCACACUCGCCCCCACGGCUAGGUCGCCGCCCCUCUCAGUCUGUUCAAGGCCGUGCCUUUGCAGCUCCUCGAAUGCAAUCCCUCGAUCGCAUGCGUGCUGAAGCCGAUGACUUAGAGGAGCUUGGCCACAUCCUAGACCAGUCCCCUCGCAAAUACCCUCCUCGGCGUGUGAACCCAGACUACACUUAUCAUACCCCUCCCAGCAACCGCAAGGGGAGGAUCGUUGGCGGUAAGGAUAUGGCAGAUCUUCGGCAACAGCUUCGAAACGUAAGAUCAAGUGAAAGUCUUGCGUCGAAGGCCCCGGCCAGUAUCUACAGAGGAGGCUCGAUGAAUUCUCGACGAGCUGGUGGUUCUGCGCUUGGCUUUCGAGAUGCAGAAGUUAAGGAAGACUACGACCUGACUGGAUUUGAAGCUCCUUCCGAGGCUCCCUUCAAGCAGCGAUUGGAGCAGAGUCGAGAAAGACAGUAUCGCUUCGGGAAGAAGAAGAGCGUGGAGCGAUGGAAGGGCGUCGGCGUCGGCUGGCUUCGAGGUAACGGAGGUGGCGGGAAAGACGAGCGAGAGCGGUAUGGAUGGGUGUGA